AUGUUGGGCCGGUCACCGCGCGCCCGUCUCACGCAGGCGGACACGGCGACGUGGCAUAUCGCCUCGGAGGUUGGCGCGGGCCUCGUAUUCGUCGCCGCCGCCUCCAUCGCCCACCACCCCAACACCGUCCCUCGCUCCGCUUGGAUGCUCGCCAAGCUCAACGCCGGCGCAGUCUCGCUCGAGGCGUGGCCCGACUUUGAGAUUGUCACCGAGGGGCCAAACACGGAGGAGGAGCCCUUCCUGCUCGAGGAGAUCGGGGUCGACUUCUUCCUCCGCGUCCAGCUCAAGACGCGCAAGGCGUUGGCAGCUCGCAGGUCGCCGCUCGCAGCCGCGCUCAGUGGAGCCGCCAUCCCUCUCGUGGUGGGAGUGCUCCUCGCCUGCGUCCUGCUCGCCUGGCACCGCCACCGUCAGCGGAACAAGCCGCCGGUGGAUGACUACUACGCCGUUCUGGACGUGUCCCCGCAAGCCACUACGGCUGAGAUCCGCACGGCCUAUCUCGCAGCGGCGAGACGCCUCCAUCCCGACAAGACAUCCUCGCCAAAGAGGGCUGGGAAGGGGGGCGGCGGCUCGACGGCGGUGGAGGGCGACUUCCUGCGGGUGCAGGCUGCGUGGGAGACGCUGCGGUCAGAGCGGCGGAGGCGCAACUACGACGCGAAGCUUGCUCGCCAGAGGGAGGCGCUCGGGCUCGAAGACCCGAGCUCGAGCUUGCUGCAGGGAGCCUCGGGCGACUGCGGCUGCUGCCUCGGCUGCGUCUUCUCGGGCGGCAAGCUCAAGUCCCUCGAGAGUGCGCCACCGCCAGAAGAGAAAGGCGAAGCUACCGUGCCGGAAAGCGCUCCGUCGGCAGAGUUGGACCAGUGA